UCCCCCUCUCUCUUCUUCACGCUCUUUUUAUCUGUCUCUUCAGCGACGACGCCCCCACAUAAAUUCGUCUCUCUCUCUCUCUCUCUCUCGCUCUCUCGAUCACUCUCUAUCUUCUCAAAUUGUCGAUCCGGUCUUCUCCGUCCUGAUUUCUGAAAGUCUCAUUCUUUUCCUGAAUCAGGUUCUCAAGCUAUUUUUUCUUGGGUUUUGAGAGCUCGAAUUGGGAGAUUAGCAUGAGCACUCAGAUGACCAAAAAUCCUCCUCUAAGAGGAUAUCGGCGUCGAAAAGCAGGACUGAAUUUAGACCUUAACAAUGAGCCACCUGUUGAAAACCGGGAUCAUGAAGGUACUUCAACUCAAGUUGUGGCUCAGCAAGUGGAGGAUAGCAAUCAGGGGCAACAACCCCUGCAGCAUGCUACAAUUGAUGUUGAGGCCAUUGAUGAUGAUGUUGCCUUUUGUUCACCCAGGGCAUUUGCUGAAGCGAAAAACAAAUCCCGGAGGAAUCAGUCAAGGACUGUCGUGGUUGAUGUAGAGUCAGCAGGUGAACAUAACACAAGGUUUGCCCACAAUAACCCUAAGCGCCGAAGAUCUUCUGCAAAUCAAGAUAGUGUAAACUGCGGUCUCUACAUAAAUUUGGAAAGCAGUAAUAAUUAUGUGAGAGAAAAUGUGGUGAAUCCAUCGCCGCCGCCCCCAAAGGAGCCAACAUUCAGUUGUCCAAUCUGCAUGGGCCCAUUAGUUGAGGAGACAUCUACAAAAUGUGGUCAUAUUUUUUGUAAAGCCUGCAUUAGGGCUGCGAUAACUGCGCAGGCUAAGUGCCCUACAUGUAGGAAAAGAGUCGUCAUGAAAGAUCUCAUCAGGGUCUUUUUACCUGCCACCACAAGUUAAAGGCGGGAGCAACUCCACGUUUACCCUCUGUUUUCUGUGCAUCUUCUUUGCCUGCAUCAGCCUUGUGAAUGAUGGGGAAUCCUGGGAGCCCGAACCAUAGGAAAUGAAAAGGCCAGAAACCAAAGUAGUUCUGGGGAACAUAGACGUUGUCGUUCCCUGGUGUCUUGCGUCCACCUUCGGACGUCCCAGCGAGCAGUGCCGUGAGAAGGAGAAUGAGCAGAAGAGAUGGUUUGGUAGUCCUCGCCAUGUUAGCUUCCUGUGUCUUUCGCUCGGUUAACUUUUGCACGAAGAAGCCAAGGGAAACAUUCCCAUUUUAUAGUCGUAGUCAUGUGACAUUUAGCCCAUUUCAGGUGCUCAUAUUUACUGCCUGAUGGACAGUUUGCAGACCAUCCUUCAGCAAAAGAGAAGUUAGUUGGUCCGUGGCAAUUUAAUCCGCCUGCUCAUGUUACUAUACUUGGUUCGCUGCUUGAAUUCUUCCUGCAGACUGAGGAUUAGAAAUUCUAAGCAAAACUUCAGCUGUUGGAUCCAUGUGAGCUCCUGGUCAAAAAUGGGAAGAAGCUGAACAGAGUUGAGUAACUUUGUGGCCUCAAAGAGG